UAUAUACUCCACAGCAGCUCUCGCAGUCACCAGAAGAAAGAGUGAAUGGACUUAGCAGGAGUCAGAUCAAACAUCUUUCCGGAUAGUGUCAACAUUUAUUAAACUACGGGUGUCUAUGUUUCUGAAAGAACGACUACAGUACAGAUUGAGGGUGAGUGAAGACUCUGCUGAGAGAUGACAGACCUGGAGGCAUUGACGGUGGGGGAACCCCCUCCCCCGUACAUUAUCUUCCUCCUGGUCUUCUUCUUCUUCAUCACGGGCCUCCUUGGCUUCCUGGUCUGCCACCUGCUGAAGAAGAGAGGCUACCGCUGCAGGACAGGGGACGAGGAAGGCGACGAUGAAGAGUGUGAGGAGAAACUGGGUCCAGACAAGAAUGCUGGGGGGCAUGCUGCUUCGUCAGACAGUCUUUUAUAUAUUACAGAUGAUGAAGAAGAGAAAGAAGACAACCAAGACACUGUUGAACAAAUCCUAAAGUGUAUAAUUGAAAAUGAAGCUAACAUGGAAGCCUUUAAAGAGAUGCUAGGAAAACAGAAUAUAUGUGAACAUCGCGAUCCUAGGUUACUACGCAAAGAGAGCCUUGGGGGUAUUCCACCCCACCACCACACCAUCCACUCUGGCGCCCAGCUCGAUCACAAGUCCUGCACGCUCUGUGUCCAAGGGCGCUCCAAGAAGGCUCGGCGCCAAAGCCGCGUGGCUCGCCCCAAUAAGCCCAAAACGCCAGGAGAGAGGAGAGAGUCCACUGUGUUCGCUGUGGGAAGGUUCAGAGUUACCCACAUGGAAAAAAAGGAUCAGGGUUCGGGCGACCAAUUGGACCAGUCAGAGACCCUAGAUAGCGAAAAGGGGAAUGAAGAUCACCCGCAAAAGACGGAGGAGUACAACCUGCAGAGCAUGUUCAAGGAUGUCAAGACGGAGACCACCGCUAAUGUGGUUCCCCCAGCCAAGAGGAAGAAGAGUCUAGUUCUGUUCUCCCUGCGCAGGGGCAGCGAUCAGGCGGCGGCCAAAGGGUCACUGAGUAAGCCCGUUGUGGAAGAGGAACCCCUCUUCAAUGCUCCGUUGAAAGCCGCUAUGCAGACCUCUAGCUCUGCCAAGGCCUUGUCAUCCCAUCCCAGCAAGGACCCUGCUGGAGCUGACCACACGGAGACCGCUUUGAAAACGUCUCCAACUACGGUCACCUUUGUAGUGUCUCCCAGCGAGGAUCCGGCACCGGUCUCUCCCAACAGGAGUCCAGGUGGAGUCUCCCCCCUAACUCCCCCAGUACAGGAUUCUCCCAUCACCACCCCAAUACAAGAUUCCCCCAUAACACCCCCUGCAUGGGAUUCCCCCAUCACCACCCCAGGACAAGUCACCCCAAUGACCCCCGAAAUAUUCCCUCUUACCCCAGGCUCCCCUACUAACCCUAACCCUUGCCCCUUCAAUGUCUCUCCUGCCCCUGUACAAGCCUCUCCUGCCCUGUCCUCCAAAAAGAUGCCCCCUUCCCUUAGCAGCACGAGUUUCUCCCCUGCCUCCACCCAGAUACAUGUAUGCCCGACCCCUGUUCAAGCCCCCUCUAAAACUAGCCACUUGAAUGUUUCCUCCUCCUUUACCCCUUUACAUCCCUCGUCUGCCCCUACCUCAGGACAAGUCUCCCCUGCUCCUUCCUCCAGAAAACUGUCCCUAACCCCUACCCCAACUCAAGUCUCCCCUGCCCUGUCCUCCAGAAAUGUCCCCCCUGCUUUGUCCUCCAGAAAUGUCUCCCCUGCCCCUACCUCAUUCCCCUUGUCCCCCGUAGCUCCCCGCAGCAUUCUAAAAAAUACCACUACUUAUCCCAAUGUGGAAAAAACUACUGCCUCUAUAUCUACCGCUAAAGGGCCCGGGGACAAAGUCCCCUCCAUGGACCCCAUGAAAUACUCUGCCUGCACCAGUCCCGAAGGAAAAGCCUGUCCGGACAGUCAGGAGGAGGGCACUGUGAUGCGGGUGGCUGAGGUAGUGAAGGGGGAGGAGCCCGCUGUGGUGCGUGUGGCUGAGGUAGUGAAGGGGGAGGAGCCUGCUAUGAUGCGUGUAGUUGAGGUAGUGAAGGGGGAGGAGCCAGUGGUGGCUCAGAGCCCCACAGAGGAGGGGAGGGAUGACGAGGUGGAGAUGGAGGACAUAAAGGACUGUCGGGUAAGCCAGGAGGAAGAGGGUGUGUCCCUGGAGGAGAAGAGGAGAUCUGUGCACAGUCAACACAAAUGGUAAGAGAGAGGACAUGACACUGGAAUGUUGAUGGGGCAGGGCGAAAGACUGACCAUGCCCCAUGUGUCAAGGACAAUUGGAUAUUUAGCAAUACCACGGAUGUAAACCAACCAGGCCAUGCCAAAACAGAACUAUACUGAUACCAGCUGGUGACAUGGCUUUAAAAGAACCGGGUGUACCAGCAAGGCUGUGAUUUAUUUACCGAUCAAAACCAGUUGUGGUUAGGUAAGCACUGGCAACUUAUAUCCAGGUAUGGAUCUUAAAUGCUUGCAUAAAAUGGCACUGCUGCAUUUCUCCUACUAUCACCAGACAGUGCAAGCCUUCCAUCUACCUAUAACCCCUCCAACAACCAACAAUACCUUCAUAUAAAACGAUAACAGCAAACAACAGGUCAUAACCGUGUAACCUACAGUCAGUCUGGUCUCUAACUCCUUUGCUAUUGAAUUAGAGCCAGAAACCGCCUUUUAGUAACUAAAGGUUUUUAUCUGGCUUCCUCUCACUGUUGUUCUAUAUACUGCUUACAUCUUCAUGCUUUCUCAGCCAUUUUGCACAUGGAACCAAUUUUGGUCGAAUAAAUGUUACAAAGUGUCAUAAAGUAUAUAUUAUUAUCAAGUUCAUUGAUAACCUCACUGUUAUACAGCCAAAAAUGAUUCAACUAUGUAAUACCGUCUAGAUUCUAGCUUCUGAAUUCACUGUGUAGACUGAAAGACUGAGAAACAGGGAGUUUGUCUUGGAUUAGUUUGAAACAACAAUCUUUGCAUUGAACCACUCAGAAUAGUGCUUUAAUGUAAUUAGGGUGUAUUGUAUGGGACGGGAACGUGUUAUUUUAAUGUUGUUUGUUUGCUCACUUGAAGCAUAUUGGAGCAGUGUACAAUCCCAAAUGUCUUGUGUUAAGAAUAAUUUUAAAAUCAUAGGGUAGCACUAGAGCUGAAAGUCUUUUGUCUGUAAAGUGUUCAUAUGUUACCAAGUAAUUUCUUACAUUUGAAGGUGACUUCCCACUGAAGAACAUACUAUAGUUAGAAUGUGUAGCCCUGAGCAGAAACGUGUUUUUAACAGGUGUAUUUAGCAGGAACCAAACCUAAGCACAUUGGGCUAAAACAGGGAGUGGCCUACCUGAAUUUGACCAAAAGGAAAUGCCUGGUUUUAUUCUCCGGUUUCAAAUCAACAUUUGGUACAAUGUGCACAAGGAUCUGUAGUAGUGAACAGUGUCUCGCUCUAAUGUAUACAUAGAGUGAGGAUAAAAAAUUAUUUGAUCCCCUGCUGAUUUUGUAUGUUUGCACACUUACAAAGAA